AACACGGCGGCCGAAUUCCGCAAGGCGCAGAACCUCAAGAGCUACAUUGGCAAGGCCGGCGCCGUGACGGAGAGGAAGUACCACCCAGACGACAUCUUCCGCAACCCGCCAGGCCCGGCCGACAUCACCCUCGAGCUGCUCAUGGCCGCCCAGGUGCACAUGGGCCACAACACAUCGCUGUGGAACCCGGCCAACGGCCGCUACAUCUUUGGCGUCCGCGAGGGCAUCCACAUCAUCAGCCUCGAGCAGACGGCCGCGCACCUGCGCCGGGCAGCCAGCAUUGUGGACGGCGUCGCCUACGCCGGCGGCAACAUCCUGUUCGUCGGCAACCGCCCCGGCCAGACGCGCAUGGUCGUCCAGGCUGCGCGCAUGGCCAAGGGCUACCACCUCUUCACCAAGUGGCCCGCGGGUGCCAUCACCAACAGCGAUGUCCUGCUGCGCGCCCUGCCCGUCGAGAUGGUCGACGAGCACGACAACCCCAUCGCCUCGCUCAGCUACCACGACAUGGACGCGCAGCCCGUCAAGCCCGACCUCGUCGUCUGCCUCAACCCGCUCGAGAACUACGUCCUCCUGCACGAGUGUGCCCUCGCCAACAUCCCCACCAUCGGCGUCAUCGACACCAACGCCGAGCCUACCUGGGUGACCUACCCCAUCCCAGCCAACGACGAUAGUCUUCGCUCAGUCGCCACCAUCGCAAGCAUCCUCGGCCGCGCCGGCGAGGAGGGCAACCAGCGGCGCCUGCAGGCCGCCGCGCAGGGCACCGUGACCUGGGAGACCCCCAGCGCCGUGGCCACGUACAUGCUGCGGCAGGCCGACCGCGCGGCGGCCCUGGCCCGGCAAAAGGCCGUGCAGGCGCAGCUCCUGCACGAGGCCGUGACUCGCGGCGGAGCUUCUUCUUCUUCCUCCGCUGCUUCAUCAACAGCGCCAGCGCCGUCGUCAUCAUCACCCGCCGCGGCGGAGGAGCAGUUCGUCGACCCGGCCAGCGAAGGCAGUGUGCGCCAGCAGGAGCUCAUGGACAAGCAAGCCGCCGCCGCCGCCGCCGCCGCCAACAUCGAGGUCGUCGACAAGGCCACGGGCGAGGUGCGUGAAAAGGACGAGAUCAAGCCGAGCGAGGCGAAAUAG